UUCGGGUCAGGGGAUGCUCCGUUCAGACAAAGGAAGGAGGUUUCCAUGCUGUGGGUGGUAAUUAACAUCCAGCCCAGGAGACGGAAAAGAAGCAAACACACUGCCACAUCACACACAGCGGCUGUCAGGCAGCUUACUGCGCUACAACAUGCAUUUAAGGCUUUCGGUGCUGUUGUUUCUGUGCUUGACGAAAAGUUGUUGGUGCGCCCCGCAGAACAGUUGUCAUCCAGAAGACGAGAUCUCGGGAGGAUGCAGCAACAACGCUUAUGAUGAAAAACCUACCUGCACAGAGCUCAACCUAGGAUACUGCAAUGAUAUGGAAUACAGUAGAACGAUAUUCCCCAACAUCCUUGGCCAUCGCACUCGUAUGGAGGCGGAGUCAGGGGCCGAGUACCUCCUUCUGAGCGUCAUUCAUGGCCUUCUCAACGGCGAGUGCUCCCCUGAGAUCCGCCUCGUAGGCUGCUCGGUGCUAGCCUCGCCCUGCCAGAAUGACAAGAUGAUCAAACCAUGCCGCAGCGCAUGUGAGGCGCUGAGGAAGGACUGCUACCAUGCCUUUGAGGCCAUUGAGAUGGCCUGGCCCUACUUCCUGGAUUGUGACCGUUUCUUUGCCAGUGAACAAGAGGGCUGCUUUGACCCGCUGGCAGGGCUGAAAGCCAGACAGGAGCUAGCAUUGUCCAGUCUGUCUCCCGAGGAACCCAGCACCAUCAUCCAGUUCACCUACACAUCCAACACCCAGAUGUACAGUUUACUGAAGAGAACGGCAGCCAAGUGCUCCCACAUCUCUCACGUCUACAGUAUCGGACGCAGCACUGAGGGCAGGGAUCUACUGGUGAUUGAGUUCUCCAAAAAUCCAGGACAGCAUGAGCUACUGGAGCCCGAGAUCAAGUUGGUGGGAAACAUGCAUGGCAACGAGGUGCUGGGCCGUCAGCUGCUUAUCUACCUGGCCCAGUAUCUGUGCUCAGAGUACAUUCUGGGAAACCACAGAAUUCAGACCAUCAUCAACACCACUCGCAUCCAUAUUCUGGCUUCCAUGAACCCCGAUGGCUAUGAGCUGGCCGCCUCAGAGGUAGAGGAUAGCAAUGACCCGGAGCUCGCCAACCAUGAAGGCCACUUGUUGAACGGUUGGACCAACGGUCGAACCAAUGCCCAGAGUCUUGACCUCAACCGCAACUUUCCCGACCUCACCUCCGUCUUCUACCGGAACCGGCGCAGCAGACACUACCGCAUAGAUCACAUCCCAAUCCCUGAUGCCUACUGGUUUGGAAAGGUGGCACCAGAGACCUACGCUGUGAUGAAGUGGAUCAGGUCACUGCCUUUCGUUCAGUCUGCCAGCCUCCAUGGAGGAGAGCUGGUGGUCUCCUAUCCCUUUGACUUUUCUAGACAUCCGCAAGAGGAGAGGAUGUUCUCACCCACUCCAGAUGAACAGGUAUUCAAGCAGCUGGCUCGCACCUACGCCGAUGCCCAUGCCACUAUGUCCAACAAUGACACAGAAAGGUGUGGAGCCUCCUUUUAUCGGACCAGGGGCAUCAUCAACGGUGCAAUGUGGUACAGUUUUGCUGGCGGUAUGUCUGACUUCAAUUACCUGCACACCAACUGUCUAGAGAUCACCGUGGAGCUCGGCUGUGACAAGUUCCCCUCAGAGGCUGAGCUUUACCCUGAAUGGAAGAGGAAUAAGGAAGCUCUGCUCAGUUUUGUUGAGUCUGUCCACAGAGGAAUAAAGGGAGUAGUUAAGGAUGUUAAUGGUAAUGGGAUAAAAGGUGCAACUAUCUCCGUCAGGGGAAUUAGGAAAGAUGUCACCACAGCUGAAGAUGGAGACUACUGGCGACUGAUAAACCCUGGCACUCACAUCCUGACUGCCACAGCUAAGGGUUACUCCAGAGUCACAAAGAGGAUUCACCUGCCUCACAGCAUGACCAGAGCUGGACGUGUUGACUUUGUCUUGGAGCAGAUUCCCCUGGAGCCGGAUAUCGACGACCACCUCUUCCCCACAGUGGACACAUGGGACCGAUUUGACCCCUACAACCAAUUUGAGCGCUACAGCGAGCCAAACGUUGAUGAAGCAGGGGUAGAGAGACAGGAGAAGCCGUGGUGGUGGAACUACUUCUCCCAGUCUGGCGUCUCCCCUCCGCAAUGGCUGCUACGAAAUGUCUAGGCAAAACAAUGGAAAAAUAAAAGAUCCUGAUGUACUACUACAUAGGGAGACUGGUGACGGAUGGUGCCACAUCCAGUCCCACCAGUGAUCUCAGAGGCGUCUAUGCAACAGGAACUGUCACACUGAAAUUAUACAUAACCCAACACACAUUUCAGUGCUUAUAAGAAGGAUGUGAAUCGGCUUUUCCCUCCCCACCAUGCAACACAUUAAGUUCUGGCCGCUGAGCAAGGUCUUAGUCGUAUUGCUUUGCAGCUGCAUUUAACUAGCUUUACGCAAAUCACUGGGGAAUGAAUGAGAUAUGGAUACCAUAACUGUCUGCCUUGCUAACACGAUCACAGUCAAAAAUAUUGCACUUAUUUGAAUAUGAUUACAUUAUAUGAAUGAUUUCAGAUUACACAUGUGUAGGCAGCUACAUAAAACUCAUCUCAAAAUUGGAUCGAUCACUCUUUUUCUAAUUACAUUAAACAAGGAAAUUUUCUGUAA